GCCCGGUUUCGUUUUUUAUCAAAAUCCGAGCCCUUUUUGCUACUGGUGGCGCACUCUGGCAGCCAUUACGGGACAGUGCUAGACCCAUACUUAUCGACGCCGCAACCUAAGCAGCGCGCAGCGGCACGGGACGGCAACAAAUCCAUAAAGCUUUACCCGGUCCCCGCAUAGCAGGACGCCGCGCACCAUGGACGCCCUCACAGCCAAACUCAGCAAGAUGUCCAAGCCCCAGAUCAUUUUGACGGCGGCGGGCGCGGGCAUCGCCAUGGCCAUCGCGUAUCGACUGGCCGACCGCACGCUCGACAGUAUCAUACCGAAGAAGAAACCAGAAGAGGAAAUAGUGGAAGAUGAGCCCAAGGCGCACGCCGCGCCGCCGGCCGAGGGCGCCAAGGUGCUGAGCGGGUGCUACGACGUGAAAAUCGGGGAUCGAGUUGUUGCCGAUGUGGCCCAUAAAAAUGUCCGGGCGGGCGACGUCGGGAGGGUUGUCGGUUUAGUCGCGGGGCGAGGGUCGGAGGCGGGCCGCGCGCGAGUGAAUUUUGAGGGAGAUAGAGGAGAGUACAACUACAUGAUGGGCCAGCAGUGCCAUAGAUUACCGAUCGUUGAUGACAUUGUUGUGGGGGAUCAGGUGAUUGUGGCGGCGACGGGCAAGCGAGGUGUUAUAGCAGGUGGCUGCGAAGGGAGCGCCACGAAGGUGCAGGUCGACGUUGAUGGUAAAACAGUUAUUGUGGAACGGGAGGACCUCGAUCAUGCGCCGCUCGUGGGCAAGUUCCUGACGAAGGGUGACUGUGUCCGGGCUUGUGCUCCUUUUGAGCACGUCGGGGUUGGUGAUAGAGGCGUCGUGGCGGGGCCCUGUUCGUCGCUAGGCUUGGACUCCUUCCGCUCUAGAGUUCUGGUGGACUUCGGGACGAAGGGGCGCUACAACUACACGCGCGCGCAAUUGGCCUUUGAAAGUCUCGUGGGAGACUACGCGAAAGAAGAUAAAGUGGUAGCGACGCAGCCCUUGCCCGGUGUCCCUGUGGGUGAGACUGGUGUGGUCAUUGGACUCGCAAGACCUCGGGGCUGUGCUGCGCUACGAGUAGAUUUUGGACCGAGAGGAACCGUAGACGCCGACGUCAAUAGUUUAGACCACGCUCCCCUCGUCCCGGGCCACCGCAUCAAGAAGGGCGACCGCAUCGUCGCGAAGGUCGCCUAUGAAGAAACGGAGGUCGGCGAUGUGGGAGUGGUGGUCGGCCCCUGCGACCGCGAGAUGCACGCGCGGGACUUGAGAGUGUGUGUCUUGUGGGAGCGCACGAAGGCCAAGAACAACUGGCAGCCGGGGCGCCACAUCGAGCUCGCGUCCGAGUCGCGGCGCAUGGAGUCGUCGGCGCAGUAGCGACCUUUUUUGAACCCCCUCGCCCCGACUAACACUACCAC